CGGACUGAAGCGAAUGCUGCAUUCUGACUGGGCGACUUGAUAUUGAAGUUAACGCUAGCUAAGACGCACAAUACGAGGAUGGGGUGCGCGCGCUAACGUCAACGGCGAAACCCCCCGGGGAGCGAUCACAUAUUUUUGUAAGGAUGCGCGGCGUGCGGGGAUGACAGGAAGAUGGCAAACGGCGUUGGAAAACACAAGCUGCUUGUGAUCGGCCCAACAGAAGCAUGGUCACUCAGGGAGAAGCUGUGUUUGGCCACAUCGGUUAUGAGGAGUGGAGAUCAGAACUGGGUCUCUGUCAGUCGAGCCAUCAAACCAUUUGCAGAACCCGGGCGGCCACCUGACUGGUUCUCUCAAAAGCACUGUGCCUCCAAGUAUUCUGAGCUCUUAGAAAACACUGACGCCCCAAAGAGGAAGCGAGGCGAGAAGGGGGAGGUGGUAGAGACGGUGGGGGAUGUGAUAGUGCGCAGGCUGACGACUCAGAGGAUUGAGGAAUUAAAAAAGUUAAUCAAACAAACGCAAGAGGAGCACAGGACACUGAAGAGAGAGUCGGAACUUAUUCAAGCUGGCCAUCUAGACUCCAAACUGGAAGAAUUAUGGAAGGAAAUUCAGCGGAAACAGAAACUAGAAGAGCAAGAAGCAGAGUUGAAAAGAAAAGUCACAGACGCUGCCUAUCAGGCCAGACAGGUAGCAAAGAACACACCUCGGCGUGUGGCAGGCACCGCCAUGCAUUCACCCACGGGUUGUAACUCAACCAGCCUGGAGUUUCCCUCUGCUGACCCUCUCCCGUGCUCUCAUCCCGAUUUUUCAUCUCCAAAAGAUGCUUCAGGUCCUGUCAGAUCAAUGUCAUUUGCCGACUCUUCCGGUUCGGGUAACGAGAACCCGCUACUUGGUGAUGACCCCACCCAGAAGAAAGUCCUGGCCCAGAGAGGUACACCACCCCCGUCUCCACUCCUCUCUGAGCUGCUGAAGAAAGGCAACAUUUUGGCCACGACAUCCAGAUUGACUGGAGAGCGUGACGUAUCCGCUGGUAAUAUGACUGUAGCACACGACUUGCAGUUGACGCUGCCCUUUUCUCCAGCAUCAGGUGCUCCAAUGUUAUCUCGACUCCUGGAGGUGGGACCCUCCCAGUUCUCAGCACAGUUAGGAUUCAUGGUCAGCACAGACUCCAUCUCCAGCACCACCCCUGCGCCAGUGAAAUCUGCGGCCUCAGCAUGUUCAGAGGUGGAUGUGAUCGCAGCAUCUGCGUCCUUUGGGUGCCAGCCUCCCCCCGUAGGUGUGAAAGUGUCCGAGCCGAGUGAAGAGGAUGUGACAGUUUCCUAUAUGGCAGAUGAACUGGAUCUGAAGACGGUCGGGGACAUCAUCGCAAUCAUCGAGGACAAGGCUGCAGAUGCUUUGGAUGCGGCUGCAGUCGAAGCUGCUCUCUUCCUGUGCGAAGAGAACGGCCACACUCUUCCCGGCUCCUGGCAGGCCGAGCCGUUCCAUACCCAAGACCCCCCGGGGGUUCCUCAGUCUUCAUCUUUCAUCCGAAGCCCGACAAAGAAUCAAGCAGACGAGUUAGACAUUCAGGGCAAAACUUCAGCCGAGCUCUCCUCUGCGUGCAGUAGUCAAGAAAACUGUGAUGCGGAGAGCCCAGUGGGACAGAGUGGCCUUCCACCAACCUCCUCAUGCAAUGUCAGGAGUUUUGUGCAGCGCCUCAGCGGAGCACCUGCACAGCUCGAGGCCAUGAGAGAUGCGGUGCGCCAUAAAAGCCACAUGCCUUUGCAAGAGAGAUGGGCACAGCAAAGAUCUGAAACCACCAGUCAGGAAUCAGUAUUAGAAGAUUCGCUAGUGACAGAAAGACAGAAGAUAAAGGAGGAGAGUGACGUAUGUGUCGAUAGUAAAGACAAUGCCUCAGGGACAAAUUUAGACAAUGAGGUCAACGGGCCAGAAGAUGAUGAGGAUGACGAGGAGGAGGAAGAUGGGGAUGGCGUCGAGGGGUUUUCGUCAGAGCCUGACGGAGAGAUGGAGCACGCGGCCAGCGAGAGCGAGGACGCGUGCAGCCUCCACACAGCUUCGUCAUCAUUGCAGCUCCACACCACGGCCGACUCCAUCCCCAGCAGCCCCGCGUCGUCACAGUUCUCUUUGUGCAGCGAGGACCUGGAGGCUCUGCAAGCUCACAAGAUCUGGAAAAAGGCCAUUAUGUUGGUCUGGCGUGCGGCUGCCAAUCACAGGUAUGCAAAUGUCUUCCUGCAACCGGUGACAGAUGAAAUUGCACCAGGAUAUCAUAGCAUUGUGCACAGGCCCAUGGACCUGGCAACCAUUAAGAAGAACAUCGAAAGUGGUUCCAUGCGAACCACAGCCGAGUUCCAGCGGGACAUCAUGCUGAUGUUUCAGAACGCCGUCAUGUACAACAGCCUGGAUCACGACGUGUACCACAUGGCCGUGGAGAUGCAGCGUGACGUCCUGGAGCAGAUCCAGCAGUUUCUAGCCACCCAGCUCAUCAUGGAGACCUCCGAGUCCGGUAUUGGCGCCAAAGGCCUGAGGGGCCGUGAGGGGUUGCGACGGCAGGACUCCACAGACAAGGUGCAUCGUAGAGGAGACAAAUUAAGAGGACGCCUUCUCCAUGUCCUCUCCUGCUUUUCUGCUGUCUCUUUUUGAUGGAGGCACCAGAGGGCGCCGCUGUGCCAUUGAAGCUGACCUCAAAAUGAAGAAAUGAACAAAACAGGCAGAAUAAUUUAAAUCUGACACUGUAAGUAAAAUGUGUUAAUACUUCCAAGAUUUAAAUGAUAAAGAAUCCCGCCCCUUCUCAAUCUGUGUCACGUGUAAUCCCCAAUUUGCUCUCCGUUUUCCAAUGAGCUGCAGACUGGAUGUGGGGAAACUCCUAUUUUGCAGAAAUGGAUUACGUGUAAUCCCAGAUUACAAAAGGAGAUUCCGAAAGAGUGGGUCAAAGCCUGUGAUAGCUCUACAUCACUCAUGGCCUGCUCACAGGCAAGAACAUCAGGUUGUAUAAGUGUCUAUAAAGCCUCAAAAUCAACUAAUCCUACAGGCGGGCUGCAUCUGGUCUACACUAGUGCGGUGGACUGAACGGUGAUAAAUGCACUACAGUAAACGUAAAGACACUGUGUGAAAACAGAGGCCAAAGACUUUGGUUUGCUUGACUUUUUUUUUUAGGUGGUGUUACCUUAUUAAGGCGUUAAGGGGGAAAAAAGAAACCUUAUUUUUUCCUCAUUUUAACAACCUUUAAAUCAUUUUAAAUGUAUAUUUUGUGGUUGUUUUGCGGAUACCUACCUAUAUUUUGAGUGAAGCAGUACUGUGGUAAUCUCACUGUGUUUUGUGGAUGUAAUAAUAAUAACACUACUUUUAAACAAUAAAUUCAAGUUUGGCUUGUA